UCCGGCGAUGGCGCACGGGGGGCUGCAGGCGCUGGGGCUGGCGCUGGCCGGGGCCGGCUGGCUGGCGCUGCUGGCGGCCACGGCGCUGCCGCAGUGGGAGGUGUCGACGUUCGCGGGUGACAACAUCAUCACGGCGCUGGUGACAAUGAAGGGACUCUGGAUGAGCUGCGUCAGCACCAGCACGGGCCAGCUGCAGUGCAAGAGCUACGAGUCCGUGCUGGCCCUGCCAGCCCACCUGCAGGCCACGCGGGCUCUCCUGGUGGUCUCGGGGGUCCUGGGCCCGCUGGCGCUGGGCGCGGCCGUGGCGGGGAUGAAGUGCACGCGCUGCGGGGGCGACGACCCCCGCAAAAAAUCCUCGGUGGCCGCGGGGGGAGGGGCUCUCUUCAUCCUCUCAGGGCUCCUGGCUCUCGUCGCCUGCUCCUGGUACGGCCACAGGAUCAUCACCAGCUUCUACGACGCCACCGAGUGCCCAUCAACCUCAAGUGAGCAAAAUUUGGGGUUCGAGUUCGGCUCGGCGCUCUUCCUGGGCUGGGCGGGCUCGGCGCUGGCGCUGCUCGGGGGGUCCCUCCUGGCCUCGUCCUGCUGCAGCCGCGGGGGGGGAGGGGCGGCCAAGCGGGGCUACCCCCGCGCCAAGACCCCCCCCCAAGGGCCCCCCCAGCUCCCGCGACCCUAA